AUGGCCGGCGACCCCUGGCGGAGGGACGCAUGGAAGGUCCCUGACAGCAGGCGACCCAUGGCGGGGGCCGGGGGUCCCCUGCGCCUCCGCGACUGGCUGGUGGCGCAGAUCGAGAGCGGACGCUACGCGGGGCUGCGCUGGGAGGACGCGGGCAAGACCCUCUUCCGCAUCCCCUGGAAGCACGCAGCCAGGCAGGGCUACCAGGCGCAGCAGGACGCGGCGCUCUUCAGGGCCUGGGCCAUAUACAAGGGCAAGCACCUAGAGGGCAUCGACAAGGAGGACCCCUCCACCUGGAAGACGCGGCUCCGCUGUGCCCUCAACAAGAGUGCUGACUUCUGUGAGGUGCAUGAGCGCAGCCAGCUGGACAUCUCCAAUCCCUACAAGGUCUACCGGCUCGUGUCUGAUGGUGCCCAUAGCCCAGUUACCAGAGCUUGUGCUCCCCGUAAAGAGGAGGGCAUUCUCCAGAGCCAGCGGGAGCCCCCUGGAGAAGUGACAGAGCUGGCCUGCAGGACAGAAAAGCAGGAUCACUCUGGAUUAGUCACAGAGGAUAAGGACAAGGAGCAGCCCCGCAGGCUGGCCCAGCAGGGCUCCCUGCCACCAGCUGCCCUGCUCCCAGGCCCUUUGGCUGACCACAGGUACCAGGCGCAGGAUCCCACUCACCCCUGGUGCUCCUGGCUCUAUGAGGACUUCAGCAACACUGAUUGCUGGCUGCACGUGCGGCUCUUCUACGGCGCGGAGCUGGUGCGCGAAGCCACAGCGCGCGCGGCCGAGGGCUGCAGCCUGAGCCCGCGCGCAGCCGCCGCCGCCGCCGAGCGCCUGCUGGGGCCGCCGCCGCGCGUCGCGCAUGUUCGUUUCCCGGAGCCCCCACCCGGCGCCCGCGUGCUGCGGCGCCUGCUGCCCCACCUGGAGCGGGGCGUGCUGCUAUGGGUGGCGCCCGAGGGCGUCUUCGCCAAGCGCCUGUGCCAGGGCCGCGUGUACUGGCACGGCCAGCUCGCCCCGCACCGCGCGCGGCCCAACAAACUGGAGCGCGAGCGCACCUGCCAGCUGCUCGACACGCGCCGUUUCCUCGCGGAACUGCGAGCCCACCUGCAGGAUGGUCGCCCUGAGCCCGAGUACCAGAUCCGACUGUGCUUUGGCGAGGAGUAUCCCGGGCCCCCGGACCAGCCUGAGGAGCGGCUUAUUAUGGCCCAUGUGGAGCCAGUCUUCGCGCGGAAGCUCCUCCUACACGCGAAGCUCCAUAGCCGGCCUCGAAGCUCCUGCGUGGCCGGUUGCCAGCCCCGCACCCGGACAGCGUCACUCACCUGCUGA